AGAAAGAAGAUAAAGAACUAAAAGAGAUGAAAUGAAAAACCGAGCCUCGCCAGUAAAGAAGCGGAGCGGAAAUGGAAGAUAUAUGGAAAAGAGCGAAGCUCUACGCAGAAGAAGCGGCAAAAAAGUCCCAAACCCUAACCUCAACCAACAAAAUCGCUGAUCUAGUCGCCGAGACCGCUAAGAAAUCCAAAGAACUCGCAUUGGAAGCUUCGAAGAAAGCCGAUCAACUAAAAGUCGCCGCUCUGAAGCAAGCCGAUCAGAUCCAAAUCAAGUCCAUUUCAGAUAUCAUCCCUCCUCAGCUCUCUUCUCUCUCGAUUGUGAAUUCUUCUUCUUCUUCUUCGGUGUCUGCGGCUUCGGAUCUCGAAGAGCUUCAGAAGUUUGGAAUUACAGAUGAUUUGAGAGAUUUUGUUAAGGGACUGACUUCCAAUACAUUCCAAAACUUUCCAAUUCAAGAUGAAGCUGAGGCGUCUGAUGUGCAGACUACGGCGUCGAAUGUACGGAAAGAUCUUAAUGAGUGGCAGGAGAGGCAUGCCACUCUUGUUCUUACUAAUGUAAAGCAAAUCUCGAAGCUAAGAUAUGAAUUAUGCCCACGUGUGAUGAAGGAAAGGAGAUUCUGGAGGAUUUAUUUUACGCUUCUGAGCACUCAUGUUGCACCGUACGAGAAGCAGUAUAUGGAGGAGAUCAAGUGCAAAGCAGAAGAGCAGAUAAAAGAUGAAAAAUCGACUCAAAGUGCAUUAUCUGGAGAGAAUUCUAGGUCUGAGGUGACAGAAAAGAACCUGAAAAGCAAGAUAUCAACUGCAUCAUCAGCUGAGCAGGACCUGGACACUUUUCUUUUGGGAGAUCUUGAAGAAAGUGAUGGGGGUGCAGCUUGGUCCACAUCUUGGAUUAUUGCUGCUUGUAUGUUGAAUGAUGAAUAUGGCAUCAUAACAUGGAGCAUGGCUAUAAUGACAAUGUGAUGAAAAUAAGUUGGUAUGCUGAAAUAUGCACAUACAUUGUCUCAAGUUAUUGAAAGUUGAAAUCCUAGAAGGCUAGAAUGCCCUCAUAAUUAGAAGCUCAGAUUUCAAAUGCAUUGGACAAAUUUUUCAAUUUCAAAAUGGACAUGGUAUGGAUUAGACUCCUAAAAGCAACACUGAUAUCCCAUAAUCAAAUGCUUGAAAUCCUUUUUGGUUUUUAUAGUCCGGUGCACUGCAUUGUGUUAAUCGAUGUGUAAUCCUUUGUCAAGGUGCAAACUUUGUUUUGCAGAACAUUCAGUUGGGUUUGAUAAUUCGUGAAUGUACUGGCUUAUGUGGAAUAGGCAAAGAACUCAGACCUCACAUAAUUCAUUAGAAAUGAUACAUUAACUGGAGUUACCGUUAUAUUAUCAUAUCUUCAAAGUUUUCUUUU